AUGUCCGAUUCCAAUCAAGACAAACCUCUCCUCGUCAUCGGGGCCGGAUGCGGUCGAACCGGAACGGCUAGUUUAAAACGAGCACUGGAAAUACUCCUGAAGCGUCCGUGUUAUCACAUGUUUCAAAUGAUCGAUCAUCAUCCAGAUCAUCCAGAGAAAUGGAUCGAACUGGACAGGCAAAUAACCGAAUCGAAGCGUCCGGGUGGUUCGCCGGUAGACAUACAAUUGAUUCGACAACUUCUGCAUGGGUACGGUGCAGCGGUGGAUUUUCCGGCAGCGGCUUAUUAUUCGUACAUCAUGCAAGCUUAUCCGGAUGCAAAGGUGAGUUGUUUUCAAACAAGAUGGGUUGUCAUUGCAGUCUGGUGGCGACAGGCUUAA